AUGGGCUACGCCCCGAUGAAUUAUUCUGGCUAUGCAGGUCAGCCCAUGGCCAACCCUCAACAAAGUAUCCCGACGCCGCAAUUCACGCCUUCGCGGACCGCCAAUUACCAAGUUCCUCAAAGCACGAAUUCAUUUCCUCCUUCACGACCAUUUCCACAGCCUACACCAACACAUGGACCUUCGUACCAGCAUCAACCUGGCUACUCAGCUUAUGGUCCAUCUACCGCUCAGCAGGCGCCGACGUAUCACUCCGUUACUCCAAGCCACCAGAACGCCCCCCAAUCUGUGCAACCGUCGAUGAUGGGCCCGCCCAUGCAUUGGGGAUACAAUAAUGCCGGCUCUGCAGGAGCGUACACUGGGCCUCCACAUGGGAAUCAGCGAGGUCCCCGCCCAUACAAUGCUUACGGCAACCAAGCUUCUAGAGGGGGUGGUGCCAUGCCACAUAUGAAGCGCGAUCAUGCUUCAGCGUUUGGAAAGCCACAGAACAUUACCCCGCGGGUUCCUGCGCCUCCUCCGGUUCCUAGCUUCGGCAAUCCUUUACCGUCCAAGCCACCUCCGCCGGCUGACGCUACGAGAAAACCGAAGAAGAAGAAACGAAAGCACAAUCAACUCGGCUUGACACCGAAGACGGAGGAACAUGAGUCUAGCGAAGAGGAAGAUGAUGUAGACGAAGAAUCGAGGCUAGCACAGGGUGGUGCUGGUGCUGCGGCAGCCGUGCAGUUUACAUUUAAAGGACGCACUACUACCUUGCAGUCUCAUGCGGAAAUUGCAGCAUGGAUUGAAGAGCGCAAGAAACGGUUCCCAACUAAGGAGAAAGUCGAGGAGAAGAAGAAGGCGAUGGAAGAGGCGAAGAAAGCUAAGGAAGAAGCUCAGCGGCAUAAAGAGGCGCGAAAGCAAGAGAUGAAGAAACCGCAGAAAGACCAUCAGCAAACUCCUACAGAUCCGAUAGACGCAGCUGAGAAAGCGAAGCGGAAGGCUGAUAAACUGCGACGGAAGCUCAUGAAAGAGCAGAAAAAGGUCGAAAAGGCGGAAGCCGAUGCUGAGCGGGCUCGAAUGAGAGUCGAAGAACUACAACGAGGAUCGAUGGACGCUAACAAAGACGUUACUUGUGCAUCUACACAAGAAGUUCAAGCCCAGCUAGGUCCUGAUCAGGAGACGAGAUCGUCAGAGACUCAGGGUGAUCUACUCGCUUCAGGACAUACUCCGGGUCAGGGUUCAGAGCCCAGCCAUGAUGUUGGGCAAGCAUCCACUUCCGAAUCCAAACCGAACGGGGAGGAUGUCAUGGAGAAUGUUAAGGAUGAUGCUGCUGUGUCUUCGGAUCUUUCCGACAGCAGCGACUGGACUUCAUCCAGCGGGUCGGACCUCUCUUCCUCAGACUCGGAGGACAGCGAGAGCGAUUCCACCCCUGAGGAGGCAACCUCUCGCCGUGAGGGCCCUGAACGAGUAGCUCCGCCUCCACGUGAAGCAAAGAAAAAGCUAUGCCGACACUUUGCCCGAACAGGUCGGUGUCAGCGUGGAGACAAGUGCAAGUUUCUGCACGAGGCGCCGGAUCGUGGGGCCAAGGCGAAACCUGUAGAGAAGAAGGGGCGUAAAGGCCUUUUACAAGCGCUUCUCGACCGUCAAAAAGGCGAAGACGACCGAAAAGUUAUGGAAGCUAUUGUAUGGCUCGGCGAAAACGGCCUUCUUGACGAAACAAAGUCCCACGAAGAGUCCCUGGAAGGUGCAAACGAGAACUCUGCAAUAGGUGAGGUAAAAUCAUCCCAAGGGCUCCCAGGAGAUCCACCAUCAUCAGAAGGCAUGGUGUCGGCGGAGGCAGGCGAUAGUGCCCCGGCCACUGCUUAG